CUUCAUCUACCCGGCCUCGAAGUAGCGUUUCCCCAGGCUGCUCCUUCCUCCCCCUUCCUCUGUUGUCUCCCGGGUUGUACACUAGUAUCCUAAAUAUACCCUUAAUUCCUCCAAAAUGCACUUCUUCUCCCAGCACUUCGAAUACGACCAUCCUUGGUCUCAUGUCGUGAUUGGAAUGUGGAGGAAAUAUCCUAAUCCCAAGUGCACACAUGUUAUCAGCGUGGAUGUCGUUGACCGCCAGGUCAACCCCCAGACGGGCGUCGUGCGGACAGAGCGACUGUUCCGAUGCAAGCAGAAGGCCCCCGGUUGGAUAAUAAAGCUGUUCGGUGGCUCAGAAGAUGCCUAUGUUAGAGAGAUUUCGUUCGUCGACCCAGCAACCCAAAAUACCACCAUCACCUCCGUGAAUCUGUCACUGUCCCAAUUCGCCACAUGCUACGAGGUCGUCCGAUACACUCCCUCAACACCACAUACCACGAACUUCCACCAAACAGCGGAGAUUCAGGCCAGGCUCUCCCUGUGGAGAUCGGCGGCCGACAAUCUAGAGAAAUGGCUGGUACAGCGGUUCGAGCACAAUGCUCAACUGGGUAAAACAGCGUUCACCGAUGUGCUGCGAACCCUCUGGGAGGAACGACAGGCACAAGCGGCCGCAGCUUCAUAG